AUGAACGAUUCUGAUGAAGAGAAAUAUUUUCAAGAAGAUGAUAAUGAAGAAGAGAAACUAAAUAAUAAUGCUAAGAAUGAGGAUAACCCAAAUGAGGAACAUAUGGAUACACUAGAAGAAUUUAUGUUAGAAAUAAAUAAAGUUAUAGAAGAAGAAAAAAAAAAAGAAGAAGAAGAUUUAGAAGCACAUGAAUAUAAUAAUUUUUAUAAUAAUAAUAAUUUAAUUAAUAAAAGAAAUAAGGAUGUUAAAAAUUUCAAAGAUAAUAUUUUAAUUGAUACAAGUAAAAAUGAUAAUACUAAAUAUAGAUUAUAUGAUAAUAGUCUUGAUGAUAAUGAUGUUACUGCUGAUAUAUAUGAGUAUCUAGAGAAACAAAAAGAAAUAUGUGAUAUGGAACUUAAAAGGAAAAGAAAAAAAAGUGGAGAAUUAGAAUAUAAUGAUAUAGAAAAUAUAUAUAUUGAUAAUGACAAAACAUUGGAUGAUAGAAAAAUAAAAAAAAGAAAAGAUAAAUAUAAUGAAUAUGAUAUAGAUGAUGAAAAGGAAUUAUCACAACACAGAUGUAAAUAUGAUUAUUAUGAUGAUAAUAAUAAUAAUAAUAAUAAUAAUGAUGAUGAUAUUAUUUUAGAUGAUAUAAAUUAUAAUAAUAUUCAUAUUGAAGAAUUUGAAAAGAAUAUAUUUGUGAUUGAUGAAAAUGUUAGUAGUUUCACAUUAGAAGAAAGUGUAGAAUAUAAAAAGAAAAAUAAUAUUAUAAGUAUGGGUUUUAAUAUUCCUAAACCUUUAUAUUCAUUAUUACAAAUAAAAAAUUUAAUAGAUCAUAAUGUAUUACAAAAAAUAUAUGAUACAUAUAUAAAUACUUUACUACCAAUUCAAAGUAUGGUCAUUCCUAUUUUUUUAAGUGGUAGAGAUCAUAUAGUAACUAGUAAUGCUUCUACAGGUAAAACUUUAUCUUAUAUCAUAUCUUUGAUUAUACAUUUAAUGCAUUAUAAAAAGAGAAGAAAAAAUAAUAUAUAUGAUAUAAAUAAAAAGGAAAAAAAGGAUUGUCAUAAUAAAAAAAAUAAUAAUAAUUAUUCUAGUUCAUCUACUCAUGCUUUAAUUAUAACUCCUACAAGAGAAUUGUGUAUACAAAUAUAUAAUGAUAUAAAUAAAAUAUGUUCUAAUAAAUUAAAAACAUGUGUUCUAUGUAGUGGAAUGGAUUAUAAAAAGAUAUAUGAUGAUAUAAAAAAAGAAACUGAUAUAAUAAUUUGUUGUGUAAAAACAUUAAUAAGUUUUAUUAAUAAAAAAUAUUUAUCACUUGUAGAUGUUAAAUAUAUUAUUAUAGACGAGUUUGAUAUACUAUUUUCUAAACAAUAUGUACAUAUGGUUACAUCUGUUUUAAAAAAUAUUAGAACCGAUUCUAUUAAAGGCAUGUUCUCAUCUAUUGUAUCAGAACCUAUGUAUGAAUUAAUAAAACCAUAUUUAAAUAAAAAAUAUAUUACUUUAAAAAUUGAAAAUAAAUAUUCUCCUAUCAAUCAAAAAUUUUAUAUUCUUCAAGAGAGUUCUAAAUAUAAUUAUUUAAUAAAUAAUAUAAAAAAAUUUCAUAGUAGAGGACAAGGAUUUAUUUUUUGUAAUAGUAAAAAGAAUGUUAUGUUAUUAUAUGAAAAAUUAAAAAAAGAAAUAUCUUUAAAUUAUAUUUCUUUUGAUUUUAUUUAUGGAGAUUUACUUCAAACUGAAAGAAUAUAUAAAUAUGAAAAAUUAAAAAAUAAACAAACAAAUAUUUUGAUAACUACAGAUUUGAUGUCAAUAGGAAUAGAUCUUAUUAAUUUAAAUUUUGUAAUUAAUUAUGAUUGUCCUACUGAUAUAUUUAUAUAUAUCCAUAGGACAGGUCGAUGUUGUAGCAUAGACAAUGAGGGUGAAGCUAUUACGUUUAUCCUACCAUCUGAAAAAAAAAUGGCUUUCCUCAUUUAUGAUCACUUAAAAAAUAAGAAGCAAAAAAUCGAUGAAGAAUUAGAAAAUUUUAUUUUACAAAAUAAUUUAAACAAUGAUAUACAGAUGAAAAGUUAUAAAAGAAAAAUGAAUAAUUCAAUUUUAAACAUGCCCUUAAAAAAUAUACUCAACACUUCUAGUGUAGAUGCUAAUAAUAUCAAUAAGGAAAAUAAUUUAUUUGUAAAAAAGGAGAAUUCGACAAAAAAAUUGAACAUGAUAUCUCCAGACGAUGUCUUAUCAUCAUCAGAAGAGGAUGAGUGA